AUGGGAGUCUCCUCGCAGUACGUGCUGCUUAUCGCUAUCGCCAUCCUCGUCCUACUUCCAGCCGGUGCAGACGCUUUCGGUGCUGGAAACAUCGCGUCGAUAUCGAAAAUCGAGGGCAAGAACUGGCGUCAUGGCGAUAUCGAAGAUAUGCUUGCGACGGUCGCUUGCUUGAAGGGCCAUAAGUGGAAGAGUAACAUGAUCAAGCGUGUGUACUUUGGCAACUGGCUACGCGAUUACUCACAAGCUGUUGAUGUUGGAACGUUGGCUAAAGUUCAAGGAGAAACUAUUCGCGUUCUGGUCUGGGUCUUGUCUUUCAUGUCCUUUGGCUAUGCAACUGGAGAGUUUGAGGUCACCGCCGAGAGGCUAGGUGUGUAUAGGCCCGAAGAACACAUCGAUAACCCUGACUAUGCCGACAAUGAAGACGCGAGAAAAUACGACCCUCGUCUUCGAGGACCAGUAUCAGAUGCCGAGCUUGCAGUGGACCCAAACACUGGUAUGAAGAAUUACAUUGCGAACGAACACGGGAACUGGGCUACUUCGACCGGAUAUGUGAAGUACUCUUUCGCUCGCGCCAUCCACUUCGGUCGACUUUACACCCACGGACAGUCCGGCCAACGUGGUCGGGACGAAGACCUUUCGGAAGCGCUUCGCUGUCUGGGUCAAGGACUGCACUGCCUCGAAGAUUUCGGAGCCCAUACCAAUUACACUGAACUUGUGCUGUGUGAGCUUGGGUAUACUAAUGUCUUCCCUCACGUGGGCGUCCAGGCUGGCAUCAACCUCCAUGGAAAGCACACUUACCCUCUCGUGACUGGUACCUUCGGAGGUGUCGACUUCUUCCACUCGGUGCUAGGAGAGGCCAAUGAUCACAUUACCCAGACUGAGAUCGAUGAGGUGAACACUGCUCUUGUAGAUGCAGUCGGUGGGUCUGGUGGGCAGAGGAGCGGACCGGGAGGCCAAUCCAACGCUUGCAGUGGGCUCAUUGAUGUUUUGAGCAAAGUACCCGGUACUGGCGAUCUCAUCAGCCAAGCACAGAGUCUGCAGGCCUCUUCCGAUGCCCAAGCUGCAGAGAACGCGCGAGGUGGUUAUGGCGAUUACAGUUCGUCUAGGGCUGGACCUAACGACUUCGCUGCACCACCAGGAUCCAUGGGCGGACCACCAGGACCAGAUAUUCCAGGAACGAACACUGAUCCAGCCACAAUCAUCCCAAAGAUUUACCCAAUUCUAGUUUUCCGUGACAACGUUGUCCGCAAGAUCUCGGCCAUCGUCUCCAAGAUCCCCGGUCUUGAGAAGCUGAUUGAGACCAUUACCGAGCGCGUCACGCUGUUCGUGCUAUCACUGCUUGCGCCCUUCAUUCUGCCGAUCAUCAAGACAGCGUCGACCCAGCUGAAGAGCGGAUCUUCUGCCGUGAUUGACUCAGCGGCCAAGCACCAGUUUGAGGUAUGGACGGACCCUACAUCCACCAACCCAACACACAGCAUGCUGUCCAAGGAUCACUUCUCCAACGUCCUGAACCCACCCGCCGGUCAAGUCGCGGUCGCUAUCCUACAGUACGUCGCGCCCCGCGUCAUAUACGCUUGGGACCACCCAGAUGUGCCGGUCGACGAGGUCCUGCACGACUGUAUGCGCGUGUUCCAUCACCCAGCACUUCGCGAUCCGCACUGCGAAGUACACAACAACAUGUUCAAGGUCGUGGAGCAAUGGGCCCGCAACUACCACGGAAAGGACCUGAACCAGAUCCUCUCUUCUGAAUCUGUAAAGGCUGGACAUAACCACAGCGGAGACCACGAUCACUCUGCAGGUCACAGUCACGGUGCAGUUAACAUGUCGAGCUUCGGCGGCCACAGCCAUGGCGGUGGUGGUGGCGGUGGUCAUCAACAGCAGUCCAGCGGAUCCGGCGACCUCCUAGGUUCCUUGACGAGCAAACUUCCCGGCCCUCUCGGCGGUAUACUUAGCAGCUUCGGUGGCAGCUCUGGAAGAACUCGCGACAUGGACGAUGAACCCUCUGCUUCCUCUUUGGCAGCACCAGGUCCAGGUCCAUACCAGCCAUCGCCAUCGCCUCAGCCCUCGCAGUGGGCUGACUUCCAACCUUACCAGUCCUCGUACGCAGGUGAAGGAUAUCAGCCGCCUGCUGAGUACAGCAACGCAGUGCCAUCUGGCGGAUAUGGAUGGGGUCAAGGCCAGUACUCUGGAGGUCAAGGUGCGGAGCCUAGCUACACGGUCCCUACAAACUACCAGCAAGGGUACGAAAACUACCCUGCUCCUGGAGGCUAUGGCCAGCCGCCGGCUCAACAGCCCCCGCCAGGAUCUUAUGGUGCGUAUAACCAGGGUGGCGCAUACAAUUCGUAUGAUCAAGGCGCACCUGGGGAAGGUAGCGCAAGAGCGUGGGGCGCUGGAGGAAACUCAGGGUGGUAA